AUCUCUAUUACUACCACGGACUCCGGUACAGCGAGCUAUAGACUGCUCUCACCCUAUACCGACGAAGAUACUACGUUUGCACAUAACACACUCUGUCCGCGAUAUGCAGAGUCCGAUCCUACAUCCGCACCGCCGUCCCCUGCGUCUGUCGAGUCCUUUGAGAUAUUGGACAGCAUACCUUGGCGCAGAGGCUACAUAUCCUUAGAUCAUCAUGGAAGGCAAAGCACCGAUACACUACAAAGUCGAUGGGUAAGAAACAAGGUUCGCACUAUGGUGCUGCUUUUGCUCUUCACCUUGCUUGUAGCUGGCUGCACACUAGGCGGAUACAUGGUGAUCAAACACGGGAAAAGCAGCAGAAGCACAGACAUGGCAUGA